AGCUAUCAAACACCCUGUAUACAGGGUGCGGCACCAAAAUCCGGACAAAAUUCAAUUUGAAUUUCCCGCCGUUCUAUACCACUUCGAGAGGUCGCGAUUGGCGUCCAAAUAGCUUGACGCAUAUAUUAAAUUCAUUCAUGUACUAUAUUCAUAACCUCGAAACAGUCACAAUUUUGAAACCAAGUGCGGAGUAUAAUCGAAGAGCUGCGAUUAUCGAAAGUGUUCGCGCUGGGCGCUCAGCGACAGAAAUCAUUCGAUUCUUCAUUUACCCAAGAUCGGCUGUGUAUGAUGUCGUCGCGAAGUAUAACGAGUCGGAGAAGUCCAACGAAGGUUUUGCAACACCGGCAAGGAAAACUCAUUCGAAGGAGCGCGUUGUCAGGACGCCCGAAAUCAUUCAACGGGCUCAGGAGCUAAUUUUUGUGGAUCCAGGGCAAUCGAUUCGAAAAUUGUUGUCGGUUGUCGGUGUGAGUGAAAAAACUAUACGUCGAAUCGUCGAGGAGGACCUCCGCUACAAGUCUCAUACAAUUAAAGUGAGACAGAUGCUUUCCGAAGUUGGCAGGACAAAAACGAAAUUCCCAGCAAAUGUUCACGUGCUAAGUGUUACGUCCAGUGAGGGUGAUGUCAUGCCACCGCAUUCCUUUAACAAAGGGGGAAAUGUUACGAAAGAAGUUUAUUUGCAUGUUCUGAUAAAUGUGGUGAAGCCGUGGAUAGAAACUGUAUCGUCUGGAAAGCUGUAUGUUUUCCAGCAGAACAGUGCGCCGCGUACACAAAUCAUUUGGUGCAAAAUUGGUUGUCGGACAACGUGGACAUGUUUUGGUCCAAAGAAUUUUGGCCUCCCAACAGCCCAGAUUUAAAUCUUUUGGACUUCUAUGUAUGGAGCGUGGUUGAAAGGGUCACUAACAAGUCCAGACAUCCAAACGUCGCAUCAUUGAGAGCCGCUAUUGAAGCGGCAUUCGCCGAUAUAGACCGUGACUCAUUAAAAGAGCCUGCAAACGCUUCAAAUGGAGAAUGGAGGCGGUCAUUCAAGUAGAA